AGAUGGUGUGCAGUCCAGUGACAGUGAGGAUUGCUCCUCCUGACAGAAAAUUGACUCAUUCUCCAAUAACAGAGCAGUUACUCAGCUCAACACUGUCCUCACCAUCAAGUAAUGCUCCGGACCCAUGUGCAAAGGAGACUGUGCUGCCUGCCCUCAAAGAGAGGAAGAAAAGAACACUGGGGAAAGAAGAACAUAUACUCACUGAUGGCCAGGAAAAUAAAAGAAGGCGCCAUGAUAGCAGUGGGGGAAGACAUUCAGCAUUUGAGCCCUUGGUGGCCAGUGGAUUCCCUGCUUCUUUUGUGCCUAAGCCUGGGUCUCUGAAGAGAGCUCUCAGUUCCCAGAGCUCAGAUGACCACUUGAAUAAGCGAUCCCGCACCUCCUUUAUGAGCUCCAUGAUGAGCACAUACACAGGAGGCAUUCUUAGCUCCAGGAGCAAUGCCAUUACCAGUUCUUACAGGUCUACUCGAGGUAGUCAGCUAUGGCAGAGAAGUGGUCCACGUUCAUCACCCUUUUCCAGCCCAGCCUCAUCUCCCUCCCAGAUUCCAGAGAGGCCAGCAAAGAAAAUAAGAGAAGAGGAACUUUCCCAGCAUUCUAGUCCUUCAACUCCAUUAGUAACCGACAAGGAAUCCCAGGGAGAAAGGGUUGUAGAUACAACCACAAGGAAGAAACAGAACUUGAGGAAUUCCCCACCUACACCUGGCAGCUCUAGGCAAUGUAAACGGAAGUUUCAGCUGCUGCCCUCCAGGCGAGGGGACCAGCUGGCCUUGCCUCCACCUCCCCAGCUUGGUUAUUCAAUUACUGCCGAGGACCUAGACUUGGAAAAGAAGGCUUCAAUACGAUGGUUCAACGAGGUCUUGGCAGAUGAUUCAGCUGGAGUGGCACCUCCUGUGGCCCAUUCGCCUCCGAAGACACCCAGCCUUCUGGGCCCUCUUGGCUCUUUGCAGUCAGCGCCCCUUCCGGGCACCUCCGCAGACUCCAAACCCACAGUAUCUUUCUUGGGGCUGUCCCCUGCUUCUUCCAUACCAGUCACUGACACCACCAAGUCACCUCAGGCUGAGACAUCUGCCCCAUCCCAGGCCCUGUCUGCCCCAGCCCUCAGCCCCAAGCCAAGUCUUCUGUUUGGAAUGCUGAGCACUCCCCCUGCUAACCCUCCUGCCUCUGCAGCUCCUGCUGUGUCUUCAGCAUCUCCCAUGUUCAAGUCCAUUUUUGAGGCCCCACCUAAAAGUGAGAAUGAGGUCCCCCUGCUAUGUAGCCCUUGCAAGGUCACAACCACAGCAUCUUUUAGCUCUGCCCUUCCCACAACUACCAGCACCUCACCCAUCACUUUCAAAUCUGUUUUUGGCAGCAUGGGGCCACCUACAUCUGUGUCCUUGUCAACUCCCUUCUCCUUCAAUCAGACAACUACUGCAGCCACAACCACAAAUGCCCCGCUCUUCACUGGCCAGGCCAGUGCCACCUCAACAAUGGCUUCUGCGACCACAGCAGGCACCUCUGCCGACUCAGCUUCGAAGCCUACUUUUGGCUCUGGUGUGAGCAAUGUGACCAGCACCAUGAACAGCAUGACCAGCACCACUGCUUCCACCUCCCAACCUUUCCUCUUUGGGAAUCCCCUUGCCGCUGGUGUCAGCUUUACCCCAGCCAUAGGCUCCAUAUUUCAGUUUGGCAAGCUUUCUGCCAUUCCUACUUCAACCACGACGACAACCACCACCACCUUUGGCCAGUCCCUAUCCAGUGCCGUGCAGGCAGCCACCAAUAGCAGCACCGCUGGCUUCAGUGGUUCUGGCAGCACCCUUACAACCUCAGCCCCGGUCACCACCAGCCAGCCUAUCCUGACAUUCAGUAGCUCUACCACCCCAACAUUCAGCAUUCCCUUUGGCUCAAGCACCGAGGCCCCUCUCCCAUCAUAUCCGGGAGCUAACCCCCAGCCUUUUGCGGCUACUGAUGGGCAGCAACUGGAAGCUACCAAGCCAACACUUGUCCCCAGCUUUGGCAACUCUUUCACUUUUGGAAACUCUGCAGCCCCAGCCCCAACUGCAACUCCAGCACCAACCCCAACCCGGCCAGCCUUUGGCAACACUGCUCAGUCAGCUUUUGGUGGUUUGAAACCCACAGCCUCCACCUUUGGCACCCCUGCCAGCACCCAGGCAGCCUUUGGAGCUGCCUUCUCCUUUGGUGCAGCCACCACUUCAGGCUUUGGAGCUACAGCCCAGACCACCAGCAGCGGGACCAGUAGUUCAGUGUUUGGCAGCACAGCACCAUCGCCCUUCACAUUUGGGGUCUCAGCAGCCCCAGCUGGCAGUGGGGGUUUGGGGAUCAAUGUGGCUCCCCCAAGCACAAGCUCUACCUCUGGAGUGUUCAACUUUGGAGGAGGACAGAGUGGGACCCCUGACAACACCGCCCCCUUUGGGGGAGGCUUGAGUCAGAACACAUUGGGCACACCCAGCCACAGCACACCCUUUUCCUUCAAUGUGGCCAGCAUGCCCGAGAGCACCCCUGUGUUAAAAAGGCUAUAA